AUGACCUUUCCUACGCCAGGGCGCAAAUCGCUAGACGGCGACAACAGCUUUUGGCCUUCAAAAAGCAAAGAACUUCCCCUGUAUAAAGAUAAACCAUAUAGUGCCGAGUAUUCAAGCUCUCCUAAAGUUGUUCGCAGACGCAAACUAAUUGCAUUGAUCAUUGCAUUUUUUUGCUUCUUUUAUUACGUCUUCCUUUUUGGCAGAGCACAAAACCCCAACAAUACUCGUGGCUCUAAAAAGGAUGAAGAUAAUGGAUUCUUCUCCUCUUUCUUUUCAGUCAAACCUUCUAUUUCUUGGGAAAAACGCCGUGAUGAAGUCCGUGAUGCAUUCAAAAUCUCAUGGGCAGGAUACGAGAAAUACGCAUGGGGGAAAGACAUUUACAAGCCUGUAUCGCGUACUGGUAUGAAUAUGGGACCUAAACCUCUUGGAUGGAUCAUUGUUGAUUCCCUAGACACUCUCAAAAUUAUGGGCCUCGAUGAUGAGCUUGAACGUGCUCGCAGUUGGGUCAAAAAUGAACUGAAUUAUGACAUGGAUUAUAACGUCAAUACUUUUGAAACUACAAUCCGUAUGCUUGGUGGUCUCCUCUCCGCACACUACCUUACUGAAGAUGACAUCUAUCUCGACAAGGCCACCGAUCUGGCCAACCGCCUUAUGGGUGCCUUUGAUUCUCCUACAGGUAUUCCUUAUGCAUCUGUUAACCUUCACUCACAUGCUGGCAUCAAAUCACACACCGACAUGGGCGCCAGCUCUACCGCUGAAGUUGCAACUCUCCAGCUUGAAUUCAAAUAUCUUUCCAAACUUACCGGUGAAACUUUGUAUUGGGAAAAAGUUGAAAAUAUUAUGGCUGUUCUCGAUAAAAACAAACCCAAGGGUGGGUUAGUCCCCAUUUAUGUGAACCCUGAUACAGGCAAAUACCAGGGACAACUCAUUCGCUUAGGUUCCCGUGGCGAUUCUUACUACGAAUACCUUAUUAAGCAAUACCUACAAACAGAUUCCAAAGAACAGAUUUACAAGGAAAUGUAUGACGAGGCUGUUGAAGGUAUCAAGAAAUACAUGGUUGCUCAAUCUGUUCCAAAUAAACUUACCUAUAUCGGUGAACUACCAGAUGGCAUUGGGGGGAACCUUUCUCCCAAGAUGGAUCACCUGGUUUGCUUUGUUGGUGGUAUGCUUGGUAUUGGUGCAACUGGUGGUCACAAUAUUGAUACUGCUCGAAGAAUGAAGUGGACCACCAAUCAAGAAAAUGAUUUCCGCUUGGCCAUGGAAUUGACCCGUACUUGUUACGAGCUUUAUAACAAGUCUCCUACUGGUCUUGCUCCUGAAAUUGUUUAUUUUAAUGAUGCUGCCGAUAGUACAAAAGACUUUACUGUCAAGCGUCUUGAUGGUCACAACCUGCAGCGCCCUGAAACUGUUGAGUCGCUGUUUAUUCUUUGGAGAUUAACUAAAAACCCUAUUUACCGCCAGUGGGGGUGGGAAAUUUUUGAGUCAUUUAAGGAAUUUGCUCUUAUUCCAAACUCAGAUGCCGGUUUUACAUCACUCAAUCAUGUCAACAAAGAGUCUCCCACUUUCCGUGACAAUAUGGAGUCUUUCUGGCUCUCUGAAACUCUUAAAUAUCUUUAUUUAUUAUUUGAUGAUGAACAUGAGGAAGAUUUAGCUUUGGAUAAAAUUGUUUUCAACACUGAAGCCCAUCCAUUCCCCAUUUUCUCUAUGGGUUCCAUUUUCCAGACUGGCUGGACUCGUGAUGGUACUAUCAGUGAACCUGACAUUAAGCCGGAAGGUGAGAAAGUUGAAACCAAGGUUAUUCUUGAAAAGAUUGUUAAAAAGGUAUCAGAUAGCCCUAAAAGUGUUGUUAUCAGUAGUGCUGUCCCCAAACCGGCAGCUCCCACAUCCUCCAAGUAA